AAAGAUAAUUCCUUUCCGAUCGUAUUCAUCAUAUAUUCUUCCUCUUUAAUUUGUUUAUUUAUUAAAAUACCGGUCACUGGCUAUUGCCAGUAAGAGGUCGCUCUUCCGGGGCUCUCGUGUGGCGGUAACAGUUGCAUGUGUUACAGGUCGUUCCGGUUACUCUAAAUCAAUUCCCUUCUCACCCUGGGUUGUUUCUUUUGAAUUCUUUUCUCUUCUUCUAUUCUCUCUCUCUCUCUCUCUCUCAGUCUUUGAAAAAUCUCUGGUAUUGAUUCUCUUCUUUCCUUUCCGAUUCCUUUUGGAUCGGACGGCUUGCUUCAUCUAAGUUAUUUUGUACAGGUCUUUGCCUUUCAUAAUGAAGGGGUCCAAGGGUAAGGGAACAUCAAGGGUCUCCAAAGAAGCUUUGAAGCCAGUCGAUGAUAGAAAGGUUGGGAAGCGAAAGGCUGUUGUUAAAGCUGACAAGGGUACCAAACGACCAACAAAGAAAGAUUUGAAAGCCAAGAAAGAUCCCAACAAACCAAAGAGGCCUCCGAGUGCUUUCUUUGUUUUCCUUGAGGAGUUCAGAAAGGAGUACAAAAGGGAAAAUCCUAAUGUGAAGGCAGUAUCUGCAGUCGGAAAAGCUGGAGGAGAGAAGUGGAAAUCCUUAAGUCACGCUGAAAAAGCACCAUAUGAAGCCAAGGCAGCUAAGAGGAAGGCUGAAUAUGAAAAGCUUAUGAGGGCAUAUGACAGCAAGAAGGCCAGCGCAGCAGAUGACGAAGAAUCAGAGAGGUCAAAAUCUGAAGUGAAUGACGAGGAUGAGGCCAGUGAGGAGGAGCAUCAAGAAGAGGAUGAUGAGGAGGAGGAGGAAGAUGAUGAAGAUGAUGACUAAAUUGAAAGCCAACUUGUUUGUAUCGGCCAACCCAGCUGGUAGAGGGAGGAAGGUGACGUAUGUUCAUAUAUCUUUGCAUGCUUUCUGUUCAUUUUGUAUUUGUGUGCAACAUGAUAACGUGUCAGAAUAUCUUUACUUGUUUUAAUGGUCUCCUUCACUUUACAUCCCCUUUGUCAUAUUACAUUGUUAAAAUCUUGGGGGUAUUUUGGCCUUUCUUUUGAUAACCAAUAUGAAAUUAUCAAAUACAUCUUUUGGAAGCUGUACUUCAA